AUGUCCGACGAUAACAUCAGCGAAAAGCAUCAUGCUUCCACCCAAGAGGCGCUGAAACGCAUACAAACUGCGGACAGCGUCUUGCUUCCUAUUCCCCGCGAUGCUUUUGAAAAACUCUAUCUGACCCCCAAGACGCCUGCGGCGGGUCAAUUGCGCCGGACAUUUGGUAACCCGACUCCUGUCGCCUUGAUGGGCUUCUUGCUUGCCGCAACCCCGAAUUCAAUGGCGGCAAUGGGCUGGAGGGGUGCGGGGGGGAAAUGGAGGAGCUAUCUUGCUCCUUUUGGGAUUGCGCAAGGCACAUCCCUUAUGCCCUUCUUCGCUGUCGGCACAAACUACGCGUCGUCAGGAAACACUCUCCAAGGUAUACAAACACCCGAGUACAACGCGACGGUGGGCUUAUACUACGUUACGCUCGCUAUUGUGACUGCCGUUUACUUGAUGUGUUCUAUUCGCACCAAUGUUUCGCUUUUCCUCGCUCUGUUCUUCCUAGUGAUCACCUUUGCUCUUUUCGCAGCUGUGUAUUUCCAAAACGCGCUGGGAAAUACUGCCACGGCAGCAAAACUGCAGGUGGCUGGUGGUGCAUGUAACUUCGUGGUCUGUCUUCCCAUAUGGCACAUCUUUAUUGCUCAGAUAUGUGAAGCCGUCGACUUCCCCUUCGCUAUUCCCGUUGGUGACUUGAGUACUAUUGUGAUCGGUAGAAGCCAGAAAGCGAGGAGGAAGGCCAACAGGAGUGACCAAGAUGUUACAGCCCAAUGA